UCAUCUAUAAUUCUAACAAAUCUAUCAAAAACUUAUAAAAUUUGUUCGGAAACUUAUCAUUUCUUUACUUAUAGUCCAAUAUGCAGAAAUAUUUGGAAACGCGGCGGCACAAAAGAUAUAAGUUAUACACCAUUUCUUAUGGGAUUAAUAGGUGCUUCAUUUUGGUUUCGAUAUGGCUUAUUGAAAAUGGAUUAUACGAUGAUAAUGGUAAAUAUAGUUGCAGUUAUACUUUAUAGUAUUUAUUCAAUAUUUUACUUGUAUAUGUCGAAAGAAAAGAUGAUCGCCUGUUUGCUAAUUAUUAUUGUAAUAUUCUCAAUAUCAUUAAUGGCGUUUUUCGUGCAAUUUUACGGCAUCCGAACAAUCGAUAUACUGGGAUUCACUUGUAUGAUGCUAAAUAUAAUAAAUUUUGGAUCACCUCUUGCUGGUCUAAGAGUGGUUCUUAAGCGAUAUUCAUGCGAUACACUUCCUUUACCUUUAUGCAUCGGAAAUCUAUUUGUAUCAACUGAAUGGUGUAUGUACGGUAUUUUAGUCCGAGAUAUAUAUAUAAUUAUUCCAAAUGCUGUAGGAGCAUUAUUAGGAUUGGUGCAACUUUCACUUUUUCUUCUUUUCCCAAUAAAACAAGGAGAAAAAGCUUUCAUUAACAUUUUUUUCGGUGAAAUAUAUCGACGAAUGAGUCAAUACAUUGAGUUGAAAAGUGGUUGGAAAAACAGUAAUUCCAGGCAAAAACAUGAUAAAACAAUAUGCGAAUCAGUUGUUCGGAAAUUUUCACAGCCAGCUAAUUUCCAUAUUAUCAUCGAAGAAAACAAAAAUAGUGAAAAUCAACAAAUCAGUAUGUUUAUAUGA